AUGAAUCCAUAAUCCCUUAGAACUCGUAGACCAUCUUACAUCAAAUCUUAUCAACAACUCUUAUUAAAUAAAGUAUGUUUCCCUUCACAAAAUCUUGUUAUUUCAAAAUUAAAUUGUAACAAACAACAAGAUAAAUGUUACAAAUAAUAAUCAUAAUAAUUACCUACAAAAAUGAAAUUAGUCUAAUUUGAUUGCAGUAAUGAACCUUCUUAUUUUAUUUCUAAAUUAAUAAAAUUAUGUGGUUUAGAAAAUGUUUAAGACUCAAAUGAACUUUAAAUCAAGGCCCAACAAAGAAAUUAAAAUGAAUUAGUGUAAAGAUCAAUAAAUCAAGAUAACUUAGUUAGAUUAAAGUCGAAUCAAAUAAGGGUCCGUUAAUUGUCAAAUGAUUUUUUAACAGAUCGAGUCAUGAGAUCUAAUAUAACUUAGAAGACUAAGAAGGUUAGAUUCUAUGAGAAAGUAGAGUAUUGGGUGUAAAAUAAAGACAAGAAUUUUGAUUAUGAUUACAGAUAUUUUGAGGCUUUGAAAUUAUAAUGAGU